AUGUAUCAGCCGAUUGGACGGGAGGAGCUUGAGAGGUACUUGCCCAACUUUGACCCCAUGCGAGAUCCUCAAGUGGGGGAGUGGGUGCUGGUCAGCCCACACCGUCGCGUUACACUUUUGAGGCCAUUUGUGCAAAUGGCGGUAGAUCGAGGGUUGCAACCCAUUUAUCCGUUUCUUGUGGCCAAUACUCUUACAGACGGCGCGUCGUCGCCAUCGGUUUUAACUACAAUGGAACCCAAAUGGUCUGCCCAAGUUGAUCCACGUCGUAUUUUUCCGACAUUGGAGGAGGUAUGCCGGAAAUAUCGCCGCCGUCGCGUAAGAAAUACCAAACCGGCUAUGUUCAAUAAUAAAACUAAUAAUAUUCAUGAUGUCAACACAGAAGACGGGGAUGAAGAAGAUGAUGACACGACACUUUACUUAAAUGUACGUGCGUUACUUUUAACACCAUGCGCACCCGCAGUGUUUGGUGGCUCUGAUUUUAUUGAGGGAAUAGACAAAGAAACUGGACGUGUAGUAUUUCUAAACUGGAAAACAGGUGAAGUGCGUACAGAUACCGCGGCCUUAAAACCGAGGCCAAUUCCGGAGUGGGCUGAGGAGGUGGUGGAAAAGGCUAUUAUGGAGUGGGAGAAUUGGCAGCGAGAGGAGAAAAAGGCAUUGCAACCGCGGGAAACGGACUGCGAUGCACCACCGUUACAGAGGGCACGAAACGAAUGA